AUGGGAGGCUACUGUGUAAUCCGGAAUUGACGUCACAGAAAAUUAGAAAAUCCUGGUCGUGAAUUGUUUCUAGCGUCAUCUUUGUAUAUUUUUUCAAACUUGUUCUCUACCCUUUCUUUUAAGUUUCGUUCACAGGAGGCAACAUUCUAACACAUCGUUAGGCAUCACUCAGAAGCGAUGAGUGAAUUAACUCCCGACGAGAUUCGGAGGAGACGCCUUGCCCGCCUUGGAGGCAACCAGUCCAGUCCUGUAGAAAGGAAUGAAGCUAGUCAAGCAUCACCCAUGCAGCAGGGCUCUGAGAGCCAGCAGUCAUCUCAAAGUACAGCAUCCUCAUCUGGCAGCCUUGGUGUUGAUUGCCCAGCAGCUACUCCUCAGACCAUGGACAUGGACACCGAAUUUUGCUCCGAAAAAAACUCCCAGUCUCAGAUGGAUGUGGAUUCUGGCAUCGAGACAAUGGAGGUCGAAGAACCAGAACCCAGACCUGAAAUCAAGAGGAAAAGGGAUGUCAGCUUUGGAUCUGAAGCAAGUGAGGAACAAGUGUUAUCGGCUGUCAGUCGUGUGUUUGUGACUUCCUGGAGAGAGAAAUCGUGUGAAACUCUUCAUUUGCCUCAGUUAGUGGAGGUGGUAGACGAGGCAUGUAGUGGGGGUAACAUUGACUAUAGUGACGUUGUCAGCCAGGUGCUCAUGGAGGUUCUCAUGCUGAUGAGGGACAGCCAGGAGAACCCUGUGCUGUUGUUACGCACACAUCCCCCAGCUCUGUCCCCCCUCAAGUCCUACAGCAGCAGCCCAAGAAGUAUAAGUCCGAUGAUGUCUCCAGAACACUUCAAUAGAGAAUUCUCAGAAAAAUUUCCUCUUGCCAAAUGUAAAGAAGUAGACAUGCUGAACUACCUGUUAGAUUGUUAUGACAGAGUAGCAGUGGAGGAGAGGACUGCCCCCAAGCGAUGCAGCAUUCCUCCAAUGAGUGACAUGUUGUCUACAGCCAGAAGUCAGUGUAUUUGUCAUACAGCACUCGUAUUACAAGGUGCUUUUGUACAACAAAGGUCACUGAAUGGAGUGUCUAAUCUGCUGCCGUUUCUCCUGGCUCACAACUUACCGCGGGGAUUUCUCCCCGAGUUGGUGCAGACCAUCUACCAUGAUAGGGACAGUUUCCGCAGGGUAUUUACGCCGAUCCUCCAGAGCUUGAUGAGGUUGAUACAGACCAUGUCCCUGGACACUGAUGACUACCGCGACCCCCUCUCUGUGAUAGCUGAGUUGUGUGAUAUUAGGAGCGGCAAUGCUCGGCCUAUAUGUAACUUAAUGAUAGAACAGAAGAACUGGCUGCCGGAAGUUGUGAGUCAAGCCAGUGGGAUGGAGCUUGAGAAGUUGUCUUUCCUUGGACCAGUCCUCGGCCUCUCAGUCUUCGCUGAGGAUAAUGUCAAAGUAGUGGAGCAGUUCUUCUCUGGGCAUCAGCUGACAACAGACAGUACCCGUCUCAUCAACCAGUCUCUACAGCAUAGGCUGGAAUAUGUCAGGUCUGAAGUUUUCAAAGUCGUCCACUCCCUCCUAGUAAAUGUGGAAACCAGGGAUUCAGCCAUGUCCUUCCUGGCGUCCGCUCUCAUGAGAAAUGCCAAACGCUCACAGAUCCAUGUUGAUGAAAGGUUUGUGUCAGGCGAUGGCUUCAUACUCAACCUUAUGUCUGUGCUACAGCAGCUGUCGGUGAAGAUAAUGUUGGACAAGGUUGACCCCUACUAUCCAUUCCACCCCAAGGCCAGGGUGUCCACCAAGUCGGAAUCUCGCCUCCACAGUACAACAGCUGAAGCAGACAAAUGGAUGGAUGAUCUCAAUAGUAAACCUAACCCACCAUGGCAAGAUCCCAAGUUUCCAACCGAGUGUUUCUUCCUCACCCUUCACUGUCAUCACUUGUCUAUUACUCCCAUCAUGCGUAAAUAUCAGCGCCGACUUCGUGCAAUCCGAGAUCUCAACCGCAUGGUGGAGGAGAUGGAGGGCACAGAGCCACAGUGGAAGAUCCUGCCUACAGCGGGCAGGAACAGGGACAUGCUCAAGAAGUGGAAGUCUCAGGUCCAGAGGCUACAGAAGAGCAAGCUGUGUGCAGAUGCUGGAGUGUUGGAUGCCAACAUGUUGCGCAAGUGUCUCCAGUUCUACACCUUGGUAGCCGAGUUUGUCAUCAAGGCAGCAGAUCCACAAAAGCAUGGGUCUCGCCUUCCACUGCCUACAGAAGUUCCUAUGCAAUUUUCAGCAUUACCCGAGUUCUACGUGGAGGACAUAGCCGACUUCCUCCUCUUUGUUCUCCAGUACAAUCCACAGAUUCUGGAUGACCCAGCGACCACCAAGAUCCUGCAGCUCCUCAUCGUGCUGGUGUGUAACGGGUCGUACAUCAGCAACCCCUACCUAGUGGCCAAGCUGGUGGAGGUGAUGUUCGUCCUGCAGCCCACAGUGCAGCCCAAGGCAGAGAAGCUCAAUGAAGCCUUGCUGCUGCACCCUCUAGCCCUGGAGUUCCUGUCUCCAGCUCUCAUGCUGUUCUAUACAGAAAUUGAAACAACCGGUGCCAGUAGUGAAUUCUAUGACAAGUUCACCAUCAGAUAUCACCUGAGUAUCAUCUUCAAGACAAUGUGGGGCAUGCCGGCCCAUCAGUCGCGACUCGUGGAAGAGGCAAAUAACAACAAGCACUUUGUAAAGUUUGUUAACAUGUUGAUGAAUGACACCACCUUCUUGCUGGACGAGAGUUUGGACUGUCUGAAAAGAAUCCACGAAGUCCAGGAGCUCAUGGACAACAAGGCUCAGUGGGAUGCCCAGCCAAAGGAUCAACAACAGUCUCGACAAAGACAGCUAGCUAUGGAUGAACGCCAAUGUCGGUCCUAUCUAACACUAGCCACAGAGACAGUUGACAUGUUUCACUAUCUCACAGAAAAAAUACAGCGCCCCUUCCUCAUACCAGAACUAGCAGACCGACUGGCAGCAAUGUUGAACUUUAACCUGCAGCAACUUUGUGGCUCCAAGUGUAAGAAUCUGAAGGUGAAGAACCAAGAGAAGUAUGGCUGGGAGCCCAAGAAGCUGCUCAACAGCCUGACCGACAUCUACCUGCACCUCGACUGUGAAGACUUUGCAAAGGCUAUAGCCAAUGAUGAGAGAUCCUACAGGAAGGAACUGUUUGAAGAUGCUGUGUUACGGAUGAUCAAAGCUUGUAUAAAGACAGAGGCAGAGAUUACCAAGUUCCGUCAGCUCCAGAACAGUGUGGAUGAUCUUGUAACACAGAAAACAAAAGCAGAGUUAGACUAUGGUGACAUACCAGAUGAAUUUAAAGACCCGUUGAUGGACACUCUGAUGGAGGACCCAGUAUUACUGCCCAGUGGUCACAUCAUGGACCGGCCGAUCAUCAUCCGCCACCUCCUCAACUCACAGACUGACCCCUUCAACCGACAGCCCCUCACAGAGGAGCAGCUAACACCAGACCUUGAACUAAAGAAGAAAAUACAAGCGUGGAAAAAGUCCAAGAGAGGCGAUUCAACGUGAACCACCAAAAGCAACACAUGUUUGCGAACAACGAUUAUGUAGCCAUGGCAACAGUGGGCAACCCUGACCUUGUCACUGACUCCAAUGAAAGCUAUUUCCUUACUCAAUGAAAUGUAUAGGAAACUGUGUUUUCAUUCAUAAUUGUAAUUUGCACAGGGAGAUCUUCACCGACCACAAGCCUCAACACUUGUAAACAAUCAUUGAAAAGUGGCAUUGUAGGAUAUGCAUUUAGAAAAAUCCAAGAAAAAGAUCUUUAUUUGUGAUUCUGCAUUUUUAUGUAUUAAAAAUCAAUAAAUCAUUUUCAUUCUUUGUAAAACAUGAAAAAAAAUCCUGAUCUUGCUUGUUUUUAUCAUUAAUAAAGCAGUUUUACUAUCACUGAUGCAUUCAUUCAUAUUCUCAUUUUGUGGUUAUUAUAAAUGUGAUUCAUUAAAUUGAUGUUUUGAUCCUGAAAGAGCACCACUUUAUUAUUGAAAUGUAUUCAAGGCAGUUAGUUUCUUGAUGAAAUUAAUUCUCAGAGUAAUGUACUUCUUAAAAAGAACAUGUUUCAGGAUAUAUGUGUCAUGAUGUUUGCCCAGUUCGUCAUGUCAUAUGUCAACUUCAGAAAACAAAUCACUCGUCCAAGAGUUGACACGUGGAACAUUAAUUUCGGUACUUUCAUUAGUUGAAACGUGUGACUGGUACUAUUUCUAACUUUUGGGUUGAAAGAUUCUGUUUUUUUUGUAGACAGCUUUAUCUGAAGAAACUAAAACAAUGUUUGUGUAUGAUAUUUAUGACUAUGAUAAUUUAUAAAUAUUUUGUUAACGUGUUACAUCUAUCAGGAAAUUGUCAGCAUCUGAGUUUGUACCACCGGUAUGAUAGUAAAGACAUUUUCCAGUAA